AUGGCCUCUGCAACAACCUUCUACGAUUUCAAGCCGCUCGACAAGAAGGGCGAGGAAGUACCCCUCUCAGACUUCAAGGGCAAAGUCGUCCUGGUCGUCAACACAGCCUCCAAGUGCGGCUUCACCCCGCAGUACGCAGGCCUUGAAAAGCUGUAUAAGUCCGUGCGCGAGAAGCACGGCGAUGACUUCGUCAUCCUGGGCUUCCCUUGCAACCAGUUCGGCAACCAGGAGCCGGGCUCCAACGAAGAGAUCCAGGAGUUUUGCCAGCUCAACUAUGGCGUCAGCUUCCCCAUCAUGGGCAAGGUCGACGUCAAUGGUGACGAUGCGAGUCCCCUAUUCCAGUGGCUCAAGGAGAAGCAGCCGGGUCUCCUGGGGCUGAAGAGGGUCAAGUGGAACUUUGAGAAGUUCCUGAUUGGGAAGGAUGGUAAUGUGAAGGGCAGGUGGGCGUCCAUCACCAAGCCCGAGAGCUUGGAGCCUAUGAUUCUGGAGGAGUUGGCCAAGUGA